AUGAGGACUGUGUUUCUCCUAAGUGCAGUGCUUGCAGCUGCGUACGCAAGGCCUGCUGUCUUGUCGGAAGCUGCGCCAUCACCAUGCUCGACAAAGACAGGGGCAACCAGUGCUGCCAUCCUGAAGGAUAGAAUUGGAGCAGUCAUGCAAAAAGGAGACGCCGCAUCGGUUAGCAGUGAAUCGGCCCAGUCUGAAAGGGCCAGUUCCGAAACUUCACGUUUGUCUUCUUCAGCUAAGAAACCCAACAGUUCCCCAGAGAGCAAGCUGAACCCUAACCGUAACAUAGGUCCCAUUUUAGGUAGCAAAACGCCCUCAUCUGACUCUAUCAGUCCGUCUCAAAUGUCACAACUAUCUAAGAAUGCUGCUAGUCAUCAGGACAUUGAUAGCUCCGAAACGUCCAACUUGUUUCCUUCCCGUGAAACACAAGACAGUUCAUUAGAGAUCAAGUUGAACGGCAACAGUAAGGUGGGGCCUACUUCAGGUAGCAAAACGCCCUCACCUGACUCCAUUAGUCCGUCUCGAACGUCGCCAAAAUCUAAGAAUGUUGUUCGUCUUCAGGAUAGUGAUAGCUACGAAACGUCCAAGCUGUCUCCUUAUCCUGAAAAACCUGCCAGUUCCCCAGAGAGCAAGUUGAACCCCAACCGCAAUGUAGGUCUCUCUUCAGGUAGCAAAAUGCGGUCGCCUGACUCUGUUAGUUCAUCUCAGACGUUGCCACAAUUUAAGAAUGCUGCUAGUCUUCAGGAUAUAGAUAGCUCCGAAACGUCCAACCUGUCUCCUUCCCGUGACAGUUCAUUAGAGAUAAACUUUAACGAUAACGGUAAGACAGGGCCUACUUCUGGUAGAAAAAUACCCUCACCUGACUCCAUUAGUCCGUCUCGAACGUCGCCAAAAUCUAAGAAUGUUGUUCGUCUUCAGGAUAUUGACAGCUACGAAACGUCCAAUAUGUCUCCUUCCGAAAAACCUGCCAGUUCCCCAGAGAGCAAGUUGAACCCCAACCGUCAAGUAGGUCUCAUUUCUGGUAGCAAAAUGCCCUCACCUGCCUCCGUUAGUCAGUCUCCAACGUCGUCAGCUUCUAAGGGUAUUGACAGCUCCGAGACGCCUAACUCGUCUCCUUCUGCCGUAACACCUCAGAGGUCCACAGAAAGCAAACUGAACGACAAUCUGCAGACAGCUCUAGCUUCUGCUGGCCAAGUGCCCUCAGCUGGCUCCAUCAGUCAGUCUCAGACAUCUUUAGUUCCUAAGAAUGCUGCUACUCUCCAGGAUAUUGACAGCUCCGAAACAUCCAUCUCGUCUCCUUCUGCCGAAAAAGCUGACUGUUCCCCAGAGAGCGUGUCGAACACCAACAAUAUGGUAGGUCUCGCUUCUGGUAACAAAGUGCCCUCAACUGGCUCCAUUAGUCCAUCUGAAACAUCUGCAGCUCCUAAGAAAGCUGCUAGUCUUCAGGAUAUUGACAGCUCCGAGACGUCUAAACCGUCUUCUUCCAACGAAAGUAUGUUGGAUAACAGUUCGGAGAAUCUCUCUUCCGCUGGUAAAAUGCCCUCACCUGAUUCUUUUACUCCUUCUGAAAGAUCUCCAUCCGUUACUAAUGCAAAAAAAGAAUUUGAAACAUCUGGCGUAUCCGAUUCUGCUCAAAAGCCCAACGAUGACUUACUGGGCAGCAACACAUUCCAGAAUGCUCCUGUAAGUAACUUGCGAGACACUUCUUCUGUUAACCCUCAAGAAAGCGUUUCUAAACGUCUUGGCAAUAUUGCCCGUGUAGAUACCUCUGCUACUUUUCAACCUACCAACAAGCCCAAAGCUGAUUCGCCUGACAGCAGCUCAUUAGGGAAUCUUGCUGACAGCAACUUUCCAUCGAGUCACUCCUCUGACUCGCAAGACUACCUCUCCCCUGCCAGUGAUCCUCGCUAUCCCAUUAAUAGCCUAUUUCCUUCUGCAUCUGCCACUCCUGGUCUUGGUUUGUACCAUGCUGCCGGUUACUGGCUUUGUACCGGGCCGUUCUACAGUCAUCAAGCCAACAGUGACAGCGUGAACCUUCCCGUUACAAUGACGUACCCACCACCUAGUUCUAACAAGGCCAUGUUUGGUCUUUCUACAAGCACCCCGCUUGCUGGUCUUUCUGCCGAUAGAUUUUCCCCCGACGACAUUGCUCACUCCAGCAAUGCUAUGCACAAUGCUGAUGGGGCAGUUCUCACAGACUGGCCAGCUAGCUUCACUCCGACUCUGCGACAGCUGUCACUCGAUGAAUUAAGUAAGGUCGGGGCGGUCUUGGCGGCUGAGGAUCCAGCAGCAGUUGCCCAUGCUGCUGACACUCCAGCGUUCGCCGUUGUCGGUCCAUCGGCUGCACCGGUGGAGUUGUCUGCAGGCACCGCCUCAUCUUCUGCUCCACAGAGCCAGGCACCGAACACCGUCACCUUCGGUGGCGUUCCAGUUCGCGUGUGGGCGCCACCAGCUGCACCAUCAGCGACCCAGUAUCCACGGAUCAUCAACUUUGGUGGCGUUCCCGUGCCCGCCAACGUCCAAGAGGCAGCAGCUGCUCGUAACACCAUCAACUUCGGUGGCGUCCCUCUUCGUACACUAAGCCAUCCGGCAACUGUGCCACUGAGUGUGAUUUCAAACACCAUCAACUUCAGUGGUUGGCCCGUUCGUCCUGUGGUCAACAGCCUGCUGCACUAA